CAAACAAUCUUUGACCUCUAAGAUAACAUUUCCAUUGGUAGCUUAUAAACUCCGGCGGAAGCCCCCACACAUGAUUUAAUUUUGGCGUACGGCCAAUCUCCUUAUAUUCGCCUUAUUUUGUAGCAAUAAAAGAUAUUAUAGAAGAUGCUUGCAAGUACAGUUAUCGAUGACUUAGAUGACCAGGUUCUAGAGUGUGCUGUUUGUAUGAAGAGACUUCGUGAACCCAAAACUCUACCAUGCCUUCAUAGCUUUUGCCGAAGUUGCUUGGCGGAUUGGAUCGAGAAAAAACAACAGCCAGUUUGUCCCACCUGCUUGGAAACUUUUGAGGCUCCUAGCGGUGGUCUUCAAAGCAUUCCACCGAACACUAUCAUAAAUAAUCUUCUUGAAUAUGUCCACCAUCUUGAAGACAACGAGGCGAAGUGUUCGUACUGCAAACUUAUUGCAGUGAAGUUUUGUAAAGACUGCACCCAGUACUUCUGCAUUGAGUGCGUCAAAAGUCACAGUACAGUGGACAUUCUUAAAUUGCAUACUAUAUUUUCACUUGAAGAACUCAGAAGCUUAACCCCAGAACAACAAGGUAUAUUAAAGCCAUCAUUAUGUAAAACUCAUAUGACGCAAUCACUCAAAUUCUACUGUAAUAGCUGUAACGUCCCUGUCUGCGUUGAGUGUACUGUCAUCGAACACAAAAAAUGCCACAGUGAGGACAACGUCAUACAAAUAUCAGAUGCUUUCAAUGAAUUCAAGAAAAAUGCUUCAGAAUUGCUCAACAGAGGUGAAGAAUAUGAGCUCAAGCUUCAAGAAAGAAAAUCUGAAAUGCAGAAGAGGUUGCACCAAUUUGAAAUGGAGCGUAGCUUCUGCGAAAGUAGAAUUAACAGAGCUGUUGAUAAAGCCAUAAGAAAGCUUGAGUGCAACAGAGAACAACUCAAAUUAAGUCUUAAAGGGAUACAUGAUGAGAAAACCCUGAAGAUUAAUGAACAUAUUCAAGAAAUGGAUUCAAGUAUUAAAGAUCUUUCGCACAGGAAAAAGGUAGUGAGCAUGUCAAUGAGAUGUCCAGAUCUUGGAGCAGUUAUGGAAUCACAGGAUCAGGUACUGGAGAAACUAAAAUCAACAAUCGAAUCUGCUCCAGUCGUUCCUCGUGAUGGUAUUGAUACAUACAAUACUGUGCUCCAUUUUCAGCAAAUAUUUCAUGAAAUUGAGUUUGGAUACGUUAGUCAAACAGAUGACUUGCAUAAGGUGUUCGAAAUCGAAAACAAUGGCAAGGUUAAUGUUACGAAGGACCAACCAUUUGAUGUUAAAAUAACAGCACCUGUGCCGGACAAAGAAGACGAAAUAUUUGCGGAGCUGAAAGCUCAGUCGGGUGAAGAGGUGUUGGCCAAAGUAGAAUAUCUCGGACAAGGAAAAUAUAAAGCAGAAUGCCGCUGUCCAGAAUCAGGCAUGUGGAUGCUACAUGUUUCAUUGAAUGGCGUAAAUAUCAGUGGAUCGCCCAUGCACAUUAGUGUAGAAAUUGAAGGUUUAGUUCGCGUGAUUGAUGAUUUCGCAAUUCAUAAAACAGAUAACAAACAAGGAAAAGUUACGGAUGUAAUGGUUGAUAAAGAAGGGUAUCUCUUGGUUUCAAGCUCUAGUCAGGAAGUACUUAGAUUCGAUCAGAAAACGGGAAAAUAUGUAGAUAAGAUUAUAAUGCCGCCUGGAGCAACAGUAUACACGAUGUGUGGCAUAGGGACAGAUGAUUAUAUAAUAUACAGUGAUAAUAGAAACAAAUGCGUUACCAUAUGCCAGAAAGAUGGGACUACCGUUAGGUCGAUUGGCAAGGGAGUCAUCACGUUCGCUGUAGGGCUAGCUCUGGAUGAGGUCACGCGUGUACUAUACGUCGUUGAUCGUGAAGCGCAUUGCGUACUGAAAUUUAAUGUUGAAACCGGAGAAAUGAUAGAGAAAAUGGGAUUAAAUGGUGAAGGCGUGGGAUUCUUUAACCGACCAUAUCAUGUGGUAAUAAUUGAAGAUAAGGUCGCAGUGACCGAUUGUCGAAACAACAGGAUUCAGAUCUUAGAUAAAGUAACGAAUGUUUGGGAAGUUCUAAUUAAAGACACAGAUAAUGAUCGUAGUUUAAAGUGCCCACUUGGUAUAGUAAAUGACAAAGAUGGCAAUAUCAUUGUUUCUGGUAAUCGUAGGUUGCUUAUGUUCGACAGAAAUGGAGUUCUUCUAAAAAGACUUGAUACCUACACCGAUGAGUUGCAAGUGCCAAUUGGACUAGCUAUUACAUCAUAUCGACCAAGGAGUGUGGCCGUGGCAAAUUACAAGGCCAACAAUAUAAAAAUAUAUAAUUAUUAAGGGAAAAUGGAUAAAAAUAAUAUCCUAGUCUCUGGAUUUAGAUGAUACACGCAUAGCAUGUUUCAAGGUCUGUCCACAUUAUCAAAUUUCGUGUGAUGUGCUUAUAUGUAUGGACAUGAUGAUGAUUUAAUAUUACACCCAAAUAAUGGCAUGUCACAUUUUGUUGUCAUUUGUCACAUAACAUUUGAUAGUGUGGACUUUAGUCAUUCUUCAAUCUGCACACAGUGGCGUAACGAUGGGGUUGGGGCCCUGUGGCUUUCUGAAACUUGGGCCCUUUUUGGAUCCUGUCGCCAAUUCCAUCGUGGGAUUUUAGAUGUGCUCGUUUUUUAAUCAUGUUUGCAUUGUUAUUCUAUACGACGAAUAAAUGAUAUAAUAUCAGUGGCGGAUCCAGGUAUUUGAAAUAAAGGUGCCAGGGAGGGACUUUGACAGUUGGAGAAAGCUAUACCAUCUUAGCCCCACCAUGUUUGGGACCGAGGUAAGACAAUUUAUGAUUAUGGCAGGUCUAAAUUGCUGGAAAUGGCACUCACAGACAUAAAUAAAUGUUAAUAUAAUUUUCUUUUUAUCGCCAUUUAAAAAUAUUUCAAAAACUUAGUGGGGCCCUGGGUCCACUCCCCCCCCCCUUUUUUAAAAAUUAUUAUUCCGCCACUGGAUAUAAUGAAUUGUGUGCUACAAACGAUUUCAGAAACACAUUAUGCUGUUGCCCUUGGUGCAGCUGAGAUAAGAAAAUAUAUGAUUAAGGCACGUCUAGAUUGCCGAAAAUGGCAUUGACAGACUUAAAAUUGUCAAUAUAAUUUUCUUUUUAUCUCCAUUUUUAAUUUUUUUUGUUGACAAACUUUGUGGGGUCCAAUGCCGACAAGACGCCCUCCCAUUUAAUCCGCCAUUGGAUAUAAUAUUAUAUGUCCUGCAUCGAUUUCAGAGACACAUUAUGGCGUUAUGUAUCAACAAAGUCCUUUUUGGUCAGGAUGCUAGAUCGAGGAACAUAUGGGUAGAGCCCCUUCGGGGCACCUAGGGAUCGGGUGUCCUGCGAACCGCCUCAUGAUAGCGCAUAGGCGUGGGUCCUACUAAAUACCACAAGGACCACACGGGACCUCUAGGGGGUAUCGUUACGCCACUGUCUACACACAUAGGUCAACUAAGUAUACUAUGGCUGGUCGGUAAUAUAUAUAUUUGAAAAAAAUAGCAAAUAGCUACAUAAGUUUGAACAUUAAUUAUUGUAUCUUUUACUAAUGAAUAGUAAGUUACAUUUUAACAGAAUUUAUGUAUAAGCCUAUAUAUAUAUAUAUACAGUAUAUAUAUAUAUAUAUAUAUGUAUAUAUAUAUAUAUAUAUAAUAAUAAUAA